CAGCUGCUUGUUUGGAGACAGAAUCUUCCAUGGUUGUUCUAUGGAGAUCAGCUAGGAUUAGCACCUCAGAUACUCAGAAAUACCCUGCUUUCUACAAAUUUCAGCUUUAAAGGUCAAAACCAGAAUACAAAACUGAAGUUUGUUGCAGCUUCUUAUGAUGUGAGAGGAAAUUUUCUCAAGUGGAGAACUUUGGAAGGAGGUCUUUUACAGCUUUGUCCAGACACGGUGUCCAGACUAGAUGCUGCUUAUGACUUUGGAACAACUUAUCAGCAAAAUUGUGAAAUUCCAGUCUCCAAGAUCUUAACUGACUUUCCAAGUCCAAUUUUUUAUGAUCUAUAUCUUGAGUAUACUAGUGAACAUCUUUGGGCUAUACCAAUAUUAAACCUAAAUCUUCGGCACAAUGAAAUCCCCGUGAACCAAGACAGCAGCUCUAACAAGUGGCUUCUGACUCGCCGCCUGUUCUUGGUGGAUACAUUAAGUGGACGAGAGAAUGACCUAGGGAAUAUACCAAGAGUAAUUCGAAUUGCCAGCAAAUUAACAAUGAGUAUUUGCCUUGUACCCAAUACUCAAAGUGGAAACAUUUAUCCCCCUCUAAUUACUGUUGCCUACCAGGAUGUUGAGAUCCAGAAUCCGGAUAGCCAGUCUGUGAUGGUUUCUUUCUCAGUCAAAUAUGAAAUGAACCAAGAAGAAGCACAUACCCAAACUAAUAUUGCAUUAGGUGUAUUGGGUGGGCUGGCAGUUUUAUGGUCUCUUUUAAAGACUGCAGGAUGGAAGAGACGCAUAGGAAGUCCUAUGAUUGACUUGCAGACCAUUAUGAAGUUCUUGGUGUACUAUGCUGGAGAUCUAGCGAAUGUUUUCUUUAUCAUCACUGUGGGAACAGGUCUUUAUUGGCUUAUUUUUUUCAAAGCACAGAAGGCUGUCUCUGUUUUGUUACCAGUGCUAGGUCAAGAAGAAAGCUUUGUCACGUAUGCUUUUGCCUUAAAGGCUCUGCAGUUCUUGCACAAGCUUGUAUGCCAGGUUACUAUAGAUAUCUUUCUCAUUGACUGGGAGAGACCCAAAGGCAAAGUUCUUAAAGCUGUUGAAGCAGGUGAAGGUGGCCUACGAAGUGCUACCGUUCCUGUGAGCAUAUGGAGGACAUAUUUUGUAGCCAACGAGUGGAAUGAAAUUCAGACUGUGAGAAAAAUUAAUCCCCUCUUUCAAGUGCUUACUGUUCUCUUCUUUUUGGAGGUUGUUGGAUUCAAGAACUUGGCAUUAAUGGAUUCAUCCUCCAGUCUUUCAAGAAACACAAAUAGCUAUAUCGCAUCUUAUAGCCGCAUUUUGCGAUAUGCUGUGUCUACUGUCCUUUGGAUAGUUAUUGGCAGGAUACAGAUCAUGUUCUUUGCUGUCUUUUAUGAGAGAUUUGUAGAAGAUAAAAUACGACAGUUUGUUGAUUUGUGCUCCAUGAGCAAUAUCUCAAUAUUUCUCUUAUCACACAAAUGUUUUGGAUAUUAUAUCCAU